AGAGGAGAGAUGGUCGAGAUGGGUCGACCAGAAAGUUGGGAGAAAGUUGGACGAGCGGAAGCGACGACGCUCAGUCGUUUAAAACUGUUCAAAAGUGGUAUGACAAUCGCGGCCAAUGCUUAUAAAAGUACGCUGGGGCUCGUGAUCAAUCUAGAUACCUAUUAUCCUCCCGAAACGUCUAACAGAGGGAAAAGCGGAAGGCCGGACAACGCGCCAAAUCUCAUUCACUCGCUCACUUGGGCAAAACACAUUAUGCAGAAUAAGAAACGUCAAUUGACAGAGAUUGAAAUGAGACAGAGAUAUUUACCAACAGAGAGACACAUGAGACAGAACGGAUGA